AUGGAGUCCCUCAAGGCGGUUUUCUGGAAGCCAGACCCGGCGGCUCAGAUGAGAAAAUGUAACAACCUGAUAAGAUCAAAUACCCGAAAACUUGACCGCGACAUCAUUCAACUCAAAAACCUCGACCAGAAAGCCCGCCAGACCAUCCUCGCAUCCUCGAAGCGCGGCCAGCGCAACCCCUCCCAGCAGAAACAAGCAGCCCAGGAGACAAGACUUUUCGCCAAAGAGCUCAUUCGGAUACGAAAACAGAGCAACCGGCUAGCUACCUCAAAGGCCCAACUACAAAGCGUGCAAAUGCAAGUCAACGAAGCGUUCUCGGUACGGAAGAUUGAGGGAAGCAUCAAAAGCUCGACCGGCAUCAUGAAAGACGUGAAUAGUCUAGUACGGCUACCGGAGCUCACAGGCACAAUGAGGGAGCUUAGCCAGGAGCUUAUGAAGGCGGGGAUCAUCGAAGAGAUGGUAGGGGACAGUCUACCGGAUGAUGAGCUGAUGGAAGGAGAGGACGAGGAGGCAGAGACCGAAGUCGACAAAGUACUUGGUGAAAUAUUACAAGGAAAGCUUGGAAAGGCAAAGGUGGAAGCUGCCCCAGUUGCAGAGGAACCGCCAGUGGCGGAGGAGUCGAUAGAAGAUCAAGAAGCGACAUUGGAGCAGAUGAGAGGAAGGUUAGAGGCUCUCAAGGGCUGA